AUGGAUUGGAGCGGCGCUCUCGGCAACCGAAUAUCAACAUUUAAAAGACAUCUGGGCAGUGGUGUGGAGAGAGCUCAGUGGAGUCACCAGCCCGUGAGUGAUGAUUCCCAAAGGCAGAGGGAUGACCCGAUCCGGAACGGAUAUCCUGGGCUUCGGCAGAGGUCUAUAAACCCGGAAAGACUCAAGGACUUCGGCGAGGAUGAGUACCUGGGCAAAGAUGUUAAGACUUGGGAAAUGACAGUAACAGGCCACUCAGAAACACUGCUCAGCACUGCCCACAAUGUGCCACCAUACAAGACCAGCAGGUCUCCUCAGCCUGGCAGCAGACAAGCUCCAUUUGAGGACAUCAGGGCAGCAGCCUUUAAAAUCCAGCACGGGAUCCAGAAAACCCCAUGCACGUAUUCCAGGCUCUCAAAGCAAUACGGGAUAGAAAUCUACUUGAAGAAGGAAUAUCUGCACCACACCGGCAGUGUGAAAGAGCGAGGAGUGUGCUAUCUGUUGGCGUCACUCUCACAGGAACAGCAGAGGAAGGGUGUGAUCCUGGCCUCAGACAACGACUUCACCAAGGCCGUGGCUCACCACGCCACUGAACUCCACAUACCAGUGUUUGUCAUCCUGUCUGCCAGCACCCCACCCGGCAGAGUCAAAACCUGCCGUGAGUAUGGCGCUAUGGUUAUCACCUACGGAAGCAGCGUUAAGGAUUCCCAAAGCCACGCACAAAAACUGGCCAGUGAGAAUGGCUAUCUCUACCUUCAGGAGGAAGACAACAUGCCGUACCUGGCAGGACUGGGAACCAUGGGGCUCGAAGUUUAUGAGCAGGUGAACAAACUGGAUGCCGUUAUUCUGCCAGCAGGUGGGGAACGCCAUAUCCUGGCAGGAGCUGCAGCUCCCAUCAAACACCUAAACCCAGCCAUUACUGUUAUCGGUGUGGAGCCGGAGAACUACCCUGCACCACAACAAUCACUCAGGAAGGGCCCUGCUCCAAAGGAGUUAUCGUACACCAACCACAGAUUCUACAGAGAAUUGUUCAACUCCACUUUUGGCAACAAUGCCUUUCAGAUGACUGACAAACUAGUAGAUAAGAUUGUUACGGUUAAGGAAGCAGACAUCCUGCUCGCUAUCCUUCGUCUCAUGGAGUACGAGAGGGCAACCGUGGAUGCCGUGGGAGCUAUCGGCCUUGCUGCUGUAAUUGCUGGGAAACUACCAGAACUCAAAGGCAAGAGAGUGGUCAUUGCACUUUGCAGUGGGAAUCUGGAUGUUCCACUGAUGCGUCAGUGCUUGGACAGGGCCCUGGUCCUGGACAACAAGCUGUGCAAGUUCUCCAUCCAGGUGUGUGACUGCACUGGAGAUCUCGCAAAAGUACUUGAGGUACUCUCCCGUGAAGAAGUAAGGGUGCUGGAUGUUAUUCAGGAGCGGUUUUUUGUCACCUCAGGUAUCUUCAGCAUUAAGGUCACAUGUGUUAUUGAGGUCCGAGAUAGAUCUCAAAUGGUGCAGGUGGAGAGGAUGCUGAGGGAGCGCUACACCACGUUCACCUGGCUGGAACGGUCUGAAGACUGAGGCAGAGAAAAGAAAGUAAGGGUCGCUACAGGCAGAGAACAAUGUCAGGCACAUGGCGCAUUUCGCUUGUAGUUUAGACAGCCUGUAUCUGGUGCUCAUGUGGCCGGUCAUUUCUGAUGAGCUGUUCAAGGUAAUGCCAUCAUGCCAACCAUAGCAAGGUCAACCUCUUCUCAGUGUUAGCUGUGACACAAUGGUAGUAUUCUCUCCUCUGAGUUAGAAGUCCCACUCCGGAGACUGAAGCACAGAACUCAGGCUGAGACUCAAGUGCAGUACUGAGGGAAUGCAGCACUGGCAGAAGUACAAUUGUUUGAUAUGAAAUGGAAAAUAAAGCCUUCUCUGGUCUCUCAGUUGGAUGUAAAUGGUUAAGUAUUCUGAAGAGUAGUGGGGUCUGCCAUUGUGUCCUGGCCUUGAUUUAUUCAUCAUCACAUUUCACUUUUUGGGAUCUUGAUUGGAAUGCAUUGUGGGCAAAAGAAUCAUACAUUUCUGAAAGGUGGGCACUGGGUUUACACUUCUGAAGCACAUAUCAGAGCGUUGGGUAUGGAACAGAGUGAAGUUCAUCUUAUUAUAUAAGACACCAAUCAAAUGAUGUCUGCACUUUAUUGUAACUGCUUUUUGAAAGUAUUUUCAGUGUUAGAAUCAAAGGUGGCAAUUAUAACUUUAAAUACUGGUGCAAGAGUCAAUUUAGCUCCCUGUCAUAGAAAGGGGCUUGAUUCUUUUCCCCCCACCAGUCAAUGCAAUGCAACAUUGGGAGAAAUACACAACAUGUGCCCAUUUUACACCGUUGCUUGAAGGCACAAUUGCCCCUUGA